AUGGCGAUUGACUAUUAUCAUACUAUUUUGUCUGUUUUCGAAGGCCUCAGAACGGCAAAAGUAGUGGUGUUAUGGGACAUGGUGGAAUGUCCGAUCCCAGACGGUAUGGAUGUUGUUUCUGUGUCGAAUAACAUAAGGCUUGCCCUUAAGAAUGCGGGUUAUCAAGGUGAUGUAGACAUGAAUGCUUUUGGUGAUGCCUUGCAGCCCCUCGAUGGAUUUUUGAAAGCCAAGGUCUCGAUAGAUAACUUACCCGAAGGAGACGAAGAAGAGAGACGUCAGAUGAUUUUAUCGCACUUCCUUUGCAAAGCAGUUGAGUAUGGUACACAAGUCAAUCUUAUGCUAAUCAUGGGAGACACCUCAGGGCAUGACCAGUUCAGCAACGCUUUUGAUCUACUACGAAGAAAACGAUACAAUAUUAUCUUAGCACAGCCUAAGGACUUACCAAUGCUGAUAAGUGGUUUCGUUUCUACAACAUGGCUUUGGGACUCCUUAGCAGCUGGAGGAAAAGCUCUCAGAAGCCUAAAAUUUGCUGAUGACGAUAUUUCUGCUAUGGCUACCAGUAGCUCGGCCGAAACAAUCAUCUUCUGGGACAUCUCUGGAUGCCCGCCCCCUUUGGGUCACAAUGUUCUACAUACUGUUGCAAACAUUGCAGAUGCGCUUAAUGAUAUGGGUUACGGUAAUCUGACGUUCAACUCAAUCCGUCUUUAUUGUGAUGUAUUUAAGAUGGCGGAUGAUGUCCAUUGCGAUACCAUUAUCCCGAUGCUACACGGAUCAACUGAAGAGGACAGACGCAAGAAGAUUUUUGUGGACUUUAUCUGCAAGGCUAUUUGCCAUCUUGACUCGUUGAAUCUAGUGCUAAUAAUGGAGGACAUCUCACGACACCCGGAGUUCCUCCAUGCUUUUAAGUUUUUCAAAGGGCGAAAAAAUAUUAAAAUUCUUUUAUCACAGCCACAGCCUGAAAAUGUAUCAGAUGAGCUACUUAGUUCUGUCGAAUCUGUAUGGGUUUGGUCAAGCCUAUCUCUCGCAGGAUGCGCUAUAGGUGAGGAGGAGGAAGAGAAGGAGGAGGAGGAGGAGGAGGAGGAGAAGGAGAAGAGGAAGGAGAAGAAUAAGAAAAAUAAGGAGAAGAAGAAGAAGAGGAAGGAGCAGAAGAAGAAGGAAGAGAAGGAAGAAAAGGAAGAGGCUGGUGAUUUCGUUGUUACUUUACUACUCUGGUUAUUCCAGUGUUCGAAGAAAUUUCGUAGUCACAUUGUGAUUUCGUUGUUACUUCUUUUAUGUGUUAUUAACUAUAAAUGA